AUGUUCCUCCCCAUCCUCCCCAUCCUCAUCGCCCUCGUAGCCCUCCUCCCAACCGCCAUCGGCGGCCCAGCAGCCUACGGAAUCUGCCAAGCAGGCUGCGCCAGCGUCGUCGUAGCCUGCUACGCAGCCGCCGGCUUCGUCUUCGGCGUCGCACUACCCGCCGCACCACCAGCGAUUCUUGCCUGCAACUCUGCUUUUGGGACUUGUCAGGCUGCCUGUGCUGUUGUGGUGUUUGCUCCGACCGUGUGA